AUGGUUCCAGCAGUGAUCUUGCUCUUACUCCUUUUGGUUGAACAAGCAGCGGCCCUGGGAGAGCCUCAGCUCUGCUAUAUCCUGGAUGCAAUUCUAUUUUUGUAUGGCCUUGUCCUCACCCUGCUCUACUGUCGACUCAAGAUCCAGAUGCGAAAGGCAAUAGUCAGCUAUGAGAAGUCAGAUGCCAUUUACACGGGCCUGAGCACCCGGAACCAGGAAACUUAUGAGACAUUGAAGCAUGAGAAACCAACACAGUAG